UCUGUGAUUUCUGUUUACUUCUCCUCAAGCCUAAAAUAUACAAAUAACAACUCAACCCCAUAAUUGGCUUCUUAUUUUGCUCUAUUUUUGGAGAAAAGCUAGUUUUGUGUGUGUGUGUGUAUAUAUAUAUGUAUGUGUGUUGUUUGUUCCAACUUCAACUGAAUCAUUUAUGUACUCAAUUAUGAGAAGGGCUCUGUGGAACAAGUUCAAAUCUCCAUUUACAGCUGGCAGAUCAUCACGCGUAGAGGGUGGCAAUAAUAGUAGCUUGUCGAGCAAGUUAAGUGUUAAUGAAGAGUACACCAACGCCUUCCGAACAAGUUCCUAUGAAGAAAUGUGGGGAAGAGUUCAGUUGGGAUUAACAACAAACACUAGUAAUAGUAGUAGUAGUGCAACUAGAUCAUCAUCGUCGUCGUCGUCUUCUUCGCCAUUUUAUUGGGAUUUCUCCGAGUACUUAUUAGAUCCAAGGCCCGAAACACUAAAGAACAUGAUGGAGAGCUUAAAGUUUCAUCACCUUUUGAUCGAAUACUUCGACGCAAGCUUACGAGCAUGUCACGCGUGCGAAUUGCUUCUAAGAAGCAUCCAUCAAACUCGGUCAGAUUAUCGGAAAAUAAAAAAAGUGAUUAAGAUGAGCAAAAGGGUACUAAUACUCCAUGAUUGUAGCAGUAGCAGUAGUAAUAAUCACGAUCAAGAUCAAGAUCAUCAUCACAGUGGCCAAUAUUAUUGCCGAGCCAUAUUCAGAGAGCUCGCUUCGAUUGCAUUGCUUAGAAACCAUUUGACAAUUAUAAGCCCUCUUCAAUAUAGUGAUAUUCGGGAAAGCUACAUGGUUUUACUCCAUAAACUAACGUCCAAACAGAAGAAGAUCAAAAGGAGAGAAAAGCUCAAAAAGAUUUGCAAGAAAGUUGGAGGAGUUGGCCUUGUGAUAUCGCAUAGUUUGCUCUUAGUUGCUUUGUUAGUCAUUGCAUUACAUGGCAUGUUUUGUUUUGUGGCAGUUCCUGCUGUGAUGGGCUGUUCUUCAAUUUACUUGGUGGGUAAGAAGAGAAAGUUGGAUUCGACGGCUCGGAAUCGGGUAGGGUCAUCAGGCGGGGUAACCUCCGGAGGUGGGGUUGGUGAGCAGCUUGAUGUUGCUGCAAAAGGGGUUUUUAUAUUGAUCAAUGAUUUUGAUACGAUGAGUCAAAUGGUGAGAAGGUUACAAAAUGAGGUGGAGCACAAGAAAUUUGUGGCUGAUAUAUGUGUGAGGAGUAAGAAGUUUGAGCUAUUGAAGGAAGUUGUGAGGGAGUUUCAAGCUCAGGAUUCUAGCUUUUUGGAGCAACUUGAAGAGCUUGAAGAGCAUAUAUACCUUUGUUUGCUGACCAUAAACCGAACCAGAAGGCAAGUCAUUCAAGAGAUCAUAGCUAGUCAACAAUGAGCAAAGCUGAUUGGGCUUUCAUGCCAUAAAGAAGAUAGUGUUCGUCUAUACAAAAUACAAGUCAUUGGGCAAGUAACACUGUCGAGUGUCUUAUAAUUGAAAUUUUUUCAUUAAUUGUUUUAUGUUCUUCGUUAUUAGCUCAGAAUUUUGCUUCAGUGACAAAUGAAUAUAUGAUAAUGUUAUUUCACUUAAACAAUUAUUUAUACAACAUUACGACAUUUUCUUUUA